CCAAAUCUUUUGAAAUCAUCUAGCCCCACCUUCUUGGGUUGGUCCUGAGGUGAGCUGGCUAUAAAGUGUUGCUGACACAAACCGUAGGUGAGACGGGAUUCAGUGCUCUGCAGGGUACGACAGCAAAGAGGGACAUAAUUGGAUCACUUUCAAAGCAAUCGAUACCUUGACGCGCGCAAGUUACGGACUAUACGUGGACAGCAUAUUGGACAGACCUUAUAUAGAACCAACAUAGACAAUCACAAAGCAUGAAGUUGGAGGUGUUGUGCGGGAACCACUAUGGCAUGAAACAUUUCGAGAUGCCCAGCGAUGCAGAGAGGGGUUCCUUUCCCGUUUCUGCUGAAGAGGAGCUGGGGUCGGAUGGGGACUGCGUGGCGCACAGCCCCACACCUGCUAUUCCGUGCGGCAGCACCAAGUCAAAACCGUACACACGGAGAGCCAAACCUCCAUUCUCAUAUAUCGCCCUCAUUGCCAUGGCUAUCCGGGACUCCUCGUCUGGACGUCUGACUUUGGCGGAAAUAAACGAGUAUCUGAUGAAAAAGUUUCCGUUCUUCAGAGGCAGCUACACCGGCUGGAGGAACUCGGUUCGACACAACUUGUCUCUAAAUGACUGCUUUCUCAAAGUGCUCCGAGACCCGUCCCGACCUUGGGGAAAGGACAAUUACUGGAUGCUCAAUCCUCACAGCGAAUACACGUUUGCUGACGGGGUGUUCCGGCGCAGAAGAAAGCGCAUCAACAAAAAGUUCAACAAGGAACAAGAGGUGUCCGAGCAGGUAGUGCAGCCCCAAAGCACGCCGCAGUCUGCGGCCGCCACCAAGCCUGAUUCUUGUGCCAAGUUCACUAGCUCAUUUGCUAUAGAUAGCAUCCUCAGCCAGCCUUUCCAGAGAGACUCAAACAAAGAACAUUCACCUCUCCUGCUUCCCUUCACCUGGCCAUGCUACGCUGAGGUCAUGACGCAUCAUUCAAACACACCUCCCUCACUUCCAUAUGUUAAAGGACCCUGCUAUUUGGACUCCUGUGCUGCUGCGCAUGUGCCAAACGCCUAUGGACUGUUUUCACCGACAGUCUUGCAAUUUCAAAAAUAAAUUCGGACUCAUUUUAUAUUUGAUGAUUAAUAAUCAUCAAUAUGCACUGAUGAGCGGAACCAAGGGAGGGAAUAGAACAAAUGACAGGAGUUUUAUGGGAAUACAUUGUAUUUGACUUUAUUGUGGAGACAUGGUAUUACACUUACUUAUUUGGUCAUUUCCCUUUUAAAACAUUAUCAGGUUUGAUAUGUUAUAGCCGACACAAUUUUCUUCUGUAAAUGUUACUGAACUAUGUCGUUUGUCCAACAAACAUGUUAAAAUAUGCACUUUAACAGUUUGUGUCUCGUUCUUA